GAGGAAACGGAGGAAUGACGAUGAGGGAGAAUGAAUGAGUGAAGAAUAACGACAGGCUCAGAUCCUUCCAGAAGGCCAAAUGGAGCAGGAUGUGGAGAGCCCCGUCACAGUGAGACAGCCACGGCUGCCCAAGCAGGCCAGGGACGAUUUGCCCAAGCAGCUCCAGGAUCCCGAGCGAGCCAAGCGAAAGAUCCAGCGCUACGUCCGCAAGGACGGCAAGUGCAACGUGCACCACGGCAACGUCCGCGAAACCUACCGCUACCUCACGGACAUCUUUACCACGCUGGUGGACCUGAAGUGGCGCUUCAACCUCUUCAUCUUCGUACUGGUCUACACGGUCACGUGGCUCUUCUUCGGCUUCAUGUGGUGGUUGAUCGCCUACGCGCGAGGGGAUCUGGACCACCUGGGAGACCAAGCGUGGACGCCGUGCGUCAACAACCUGGAGGGCUUCGUCUCAGCCUUCCUGUUCUCCAUCGAGACCGAGACCACCAUCGGUUACGGCUACCGGGUGAUCACCGACAAGUGCCUGGAGGGAAUAGUGCUCCUGCUGGUGCAGUCUGUGCUGGGAUCCAUCGUGAACGCUUUUAUGGUGGGCUGCAUGUUUGUGAAGAUCUCGCAGCCCAAAAAGCGGGCGGAGACGCUGGUGUUCUCCACCAACACGGUCAUCUCGAUGCGCGACGGGCGCCUUUGCUUGAUGUUCCGCGUGGGGGACUUGAGGAACUCGCACAUCGUCGAGGCCUCCAUCAGAGCCAAGCUGAUCAAGUCCAAACAGACCAAGGAGGGGGAGUUCAUCCCCCUCAACCAGACAGACAUGAACGUGGGCUAUGACACGGGUGACGAUCGACUCUUCCUCGUGUCCCCGCUCAUCAUCUGCCAUGAGAUCAACCAGCACAGCCCCUUCUGGGAGAUUUCCAAAGCCACCCUGGCAAAGGAGGAGCUGGAGAUCGUGGUGAUUCUAGAGGGCAUGGUGGAAGCCACAGGGAUGACCUGCCAGGCCCGGAGCUCGUACGUGUCCAGCGAGAUCAAGUGGGGCUACCGCUUCAUGCCGGUGCUGACGCUGGAGGACGGCUUCUACGAGGUGGACUACAACAGCUUCCAUGACAUCUACGAGACCAACACACCGAGCUGCAGCGCGCGGGAGCUUGCCGAGAUGAGCGCCCGCUCCAGACUGCCGCUCUCCUGGUCGGUGGCGAGCAAACUGAGCCAGCAGAGCCUGUUGGACUCGCGGAAUGAGGACGAGGAGCAGGAGAAGGAGAGCGGCGGGACGCAGGAGCAGGAGCGCAACGGCGACAUUGCCAACGUGGAGAACGAGUCCAAGGUGUAAAGCUGAGCGAGCAGAGUGGAGUGGAAGGUUUCGGCUUUAUAUACACACACACACACACACACACAUACACUCAUACACACUUUCUUAGAUUUAAAAGGUUUCCAAACAUUGUAAUUGACACUUAAAUAAUCUAAUGUAAAA